AUGGCAGUGGCUUCUAAGAUCCGCUCUGCCUUUCGUCGCCAGAAUACCGAUGAGUCUGCCACCUCAGUCAAUAUGGCAACCACCGAAGAGCCGAAGGGAGAGGUUCCUGUUGAUGUUUCCGCAGCCGAGAAGAAUGUCAACGACGGGGAAACAGCCCCGGAGAUUCCUGCCAUCAGCGAUGAUCUCCAGCAAGGUGUUCGCGAUGUCGCGGCGAUUACCAGGACUUGGUCUAAGUGGUCUUUAGCCGGUGUUUUUAUCAACAUUUGGCUGCUUUACUUUGUCAAUGCAUUCCAGAGCAAUGUCGUCAACAACCUGAUUCCGUAUCUUACCAGCGACUGGCAGUCUCAUUCCCUCCUUACCUCAAUUUACGUCGUCUCGGGUGCUAUUACUGCAGCAUGCUACAUCCCCAUUGGGAAAAUCAUGGAUGUUUGGGGGCGUGCAGAGGGAUUUCUUCUGAUGACUAUUGUUGCCACGAUGGGCCUGGUCAUGAUGGCUGCGACCCACAAUCUCGCAACAUUCUGUGCCGGUUAUGUUUUCUACAGCCUUGGCUUCGGCGGCAUGACCUACUGUGUCGACUUGCUUACUGCUGACGCCUCGCAAUUGAAAGACCGUGGUCUUGCAUACGCCUUCACUUCAUCCCCUUAUGUUAUUACAGCCUUUGGUGGCUCGAAGGCUUCCAACGAGAUUCUCAAUGGAAUGGGUAUGCGUUGGGGUAUCGGGAUCUUCGCCAUCAUUUUCCCCAUCGUUGCUUCGCCCCUGUACUGCAUCUUGAAGUACAACCUCCAUUUAGCGAAGAAGCAAGGUCUUCUCGCUAGACAGAAGAGCAACCGCGCCGUUUUCCAGAGCAUUUGGUUUUAUACUGUUGAGUUCGAUGCUUUGGGUGUUCUCUUGUUCUCGGCCGGUCUUGUUGUCUUCUUCCUCGCAUUUGACAUUGCUGGAAGCGCCCCUGAUACCUGGGGUACCCCUUAUAUCAUCGCGAUGCUUGUUGUCGGUUUUGUGAUGCUCUUUUUCUUUGUCGCUUACGAAUACUUCUUCGCGCCCAAGCCGCUGUUUGGACAAGCGUAUCUGUGGAAUCGUACUGUGAUCGGUGCCUGUGCUCUUGACUUCACCUACCAGCUUUGCUAUUACUGCUGGAAUUACUACUUCACAUCUUUCUUGCAGGUUGUGAAUGAUCUCACGGUCGCAGAAGCCGGGUACGUUAGCAGCACCUUCGACAUCGUCUCUAGUGUUCUCCUGAUCGCUGUUGGCCUUUUGAUCCGCUACACUGGUCGCUUCAAGUGGCUUCUUUGGAUUGGUGUUCCUCUGUACAUCUUCGCCCAGGGUCUGAUGAUUUACUUCCGUCGCCCUAACCAGUCUGUUGGGUACCUCAUCAUGUGCCAGGUUUUUAUUUCCAUUGGUGGGAGUGUUUUCAUCAUUUGCGAGCAGCUCGCUAUUUUGGCUGCAGUCGAUCAGCAGUACUUCGCCAUGGCCCUCGGCUUGCUCAACUCUGUCGGUACUGUCGGUGACGCUGUCGGCGCCACUAUCUCUGGUGUCAUUUGGCAGAACACCUUCCCCAAGGCUCUCAAGAUGUAUCUUCCAGCCUCGGCGAUGGCAGCGUUUGAUGAUAUUUACGAAGACCUCGAUACUCAACUGAAAUACCCCGUUGGAAGCAGAACUAGAGUUGCCAUUCAACAAGCCUACGCCUAUGCACAGACCCGCAUGUUGGCUGUCGGUACUGGCGUAAUGGUUCUGUGUUUUGUCUGGGUGUUGAUGAUCAAGAACUUCAACUUGAAGGACAAGCCUCAGGUGGGAGGUAUUGUUUUUUAA